GUUGUGUGCCGUUUUCCAUUUCACUUCUUGUGUUUAACUUUUUUUUGGCAAGGCGGUGGGGGACCCGCACACGGCAGCGGUCUCCGGAGACCCUUGAGACAGUACUGUCCGAUGAGUCGGGAUUCGUCGAUCGCUGUAGACGCGCGUGCGUGAAGUGCUUUCUCUUUUUUUCGUCAGUGGAACGCGAGGUGGAACGAUUUUUGGAGACGAGAAGAAAGCUCUGCAAGAGGCGAGAAUCGUUCUUGAUCGAUGGGAUUUUUCUGUUCCGAGAAGCGGCGAUCGUGUUUGUUUUGAUUUUGAGCCGCCUGAGAAGCGAGCAGCAAUCCUGGCGGCGAGGUGAAUUGGAUUAGUGAGAGGGUGGUGGAGCCUCCGAUUGAGAAACAGAAGAAGAAAGCGGGGAGAAUAUUCUGAGGUGAAAACAAGAACCAGGACCGCGAAGAACAGCUGAUAACCGUAGAGGUUGAGGCGGCUGGAGUGACAAGUGUGCCCAUGUGAGUGUUUGUGUCUGUGAGUUGGGGAUAAUUAGAAUUCUAGCCGCAGGUUUCGUGCUAGGAGCUCCAGUAGGAAUAAGCACCUCCAUAACUGCAAUUCCCUGUGCAGUUUUUGUUUUGCGACGCUGUCACUGACGAGGAACUGUGUGUAUUUGUGAGAAGAUAGCGGAUUGCUGAUAGAGCGCGGCACAUGCAGCGACCGUGUGAUACCCCCAGAGUUAGAAGCUGCCAGAGAUGCAAUUUGAUUAAUGAAUAUAAACAGAUCUUCUGAAUAGGGCGUGCGAGCGCAGGUGGAAGAGCAAAGUGUCGGUGUGGAACGCUCCCCUAAGGGGCCCUUUUGAAACUCCCCUUUGGCCCAGCAGUAACAGAGUGGUGCCCGUAUGCUAGAGUGAAACGGCUUUGCCAGAGAUCGUGCUCGGUGUAUCAACGUUGAACGAGUGUUGUGGAAGCUUCGCCGCUACUAGAAUAGAAGCUAAUUUGAAUUGAAAAAUGAAACGCAUGGAAUAGCACGUACAAGGUCACUGGCGGAUUUGCAUCAACAGAUGAAAAAGAGUGUUUAGCUGCAAACAAGAGUUCUGUGGCGCGUGCGGAACUCGCGCGGGUUGAUAACUGUUAAUUGAGGUGCGCGUAGACACAGCGUGUGAACCAAUCCAGAUCUGUGCGGAACAACAAUAGAACGAAGUGCGUGCUGGCACGACGCCAGCCCUUGCGACAAUAAGCCAAAUGUUUUUCGAAUUUGACAAGUGUUUACCGUUUUCCUGACAGUGAAAGAAUCGCGACCGUGGUCGCUCUCGUUCAGUUCCCUUCCCAAACACAAAUGUCCGGAAGAAAAGUGCAUCCAGGAACCAAGUGAAUCCGUGAUCAAUCAUCAAAUGUCCACUAGUGGCUCGCGACAGCAGCUGAAUCCGGUCUGUGCAUUUAUAGUGAGGAUAUGCGGUAUUUUGAAUGAUUUUCGACGCUGGACGCUCAAGUGAACCCAAGUGAAAGCACUGUGCGGAAACAAUCAUCUCGCCCAAAAAAGAGUGAUCGUGGUCGCGAUCGGGCCCGCGCCAACAACUCAAAAAGCAAACAUUGAAGAAAAGAAUAACACUCGAUCAGAGCGCCGCGAUCAGAACCGGAACCUGAACGAGGACGACGGUGGUGUUGUUUAAUUGGUUGCCCUCCUGCUGUUGAGCCUGAUCCUGAUGAAUAUGGAAUUUCAACCGCUGCCACCGGUUUCGUCGAUGAACAUCGGUGGCGGCCCACCGACACCUGCUCCGUCUCCGCACAUCCAAAUUAUCCCCAACGGGUCCAGCAACGGAGCCGGCGGCGGAGGAGGAGGUGGAGGGGGAUCGAAUUCGGUUGCCAAUCAGCUGCUGAACUCGAUGCCGCCGCCGAUCCUGCCGGUCGGUAUGCCGCUGCAGCAGGUGGUUCACAAUCUGCAGCAUCUGACGAACGUUAAUGGACUGGCCCAGCAACAUCAGCAGCAGCAGCAACAGCAGCACCAGCAACAUCACCAGCAAGCACAACAACAGGCACAUCAGGCACUGCUAGGAUCGAACAACCCAAAUGGACUGAACGGCGCCGGUAUCCACCAGGGCCAGAGUCUGCCACCGACGUCACAGCUCCUGCAGGCGAUUCAUCACAAUACGAGCAACAAUAAUAACAACAACAACAAUGUGAUCAACAAUAACAACAACAACUCGAUCACGCAGUACCAGGUGCAGCAACUCUGGAGACAUCACGCCUAUUUAAACGGUAAAUCAAGCAAUAACAAAGACAUCUGCGGCGACGACAAACAUAAAGAGGAUGGCGACCCGUGGAACGUCGAGGCACAGGCGGCGUUUCUGGGACCGAACCUGUGGGACAAAACGCUACCCUACGACUCUGAUCUCAAAGUGCACCAGUACGCCGAUCUCGAUGAAUUCCUGUCAGAGAACGGUAUCCCGGUGGACGGCCUCCCGAGCGGACACCUGGGUCAUUCGACCAGCCUCACCAGCCGCUCCGACAGCCUGGGUCACUGUGCGGGCCUCUCGCUUGGACUCAGUCAGGUGACGACGAAACGGGAACGCUCACCAUCGCCUACAGACUGUAUGAGCCCGGACACGAUAAACCCACCGUCGCCUGCCGAUUCAAUUUUCGAUGUUGCAGCGUUCUCGAUGUCGUCGGCCACGCGUGACUUUGACCCGCGGACACGGGCUUUUUCCGACGAGGAACUGAAACCGCAGCCGAUGAUCAAGAAAUCCCGCAAGCAGUUCGUCCCGGAUGACAUGAAGGACGACAAGUACUGGGCCCGGCGCCGGAAGAACAACAUGGCGGCGAAGCGGUCCCGCGACGCCCGCCGCAUGAAGGAGAAUCAAAUCGCGCUUCGAGCUGGUUACCUGGAAAAAGAGAACAUGAACCUGCACCGAGAAGUGGAACAACUAAAACAGGAAAACAUGGAACUUCGUGCCCGUUUAUCCAAGUACCAAGAGGCAAAACGUCAACAAAGAGUAACAUAAAGUAGAAAACAAUGCGACCCGGAUGAAACAGCGUACUAAGAAAAAAAAAAUUCACCAUUAAGUCAUCACAGCAACCACCAGUAGCAGCAGCAUCGGCAGCAGCAGCAAACAGCAGUAGCAGUAGUAGUGAUAAUGACAGCAGCAGCAGCAUCGGCAACCGCGGCAGCAAACAAUAGACAGCAACGAUUUACAAAGCAACUCCAAGCAGCUUCAAGGACGGCGCGACGUUGAGAGUGCGAGCAAAUGAUGAACGAGUGUGAGUGAGCGAGAACAUUUUUAGCAAAAUUAAGCGAAACAAUAAGCGAACAAUGCAAAUGCAUCAACAUCGUUACCAAAAAAAAAACACAAGUGGAAACUGAUUAUAGUGAAGAGGGGUUCGAAGCGAGCUUUGAACCCGGAAGCUUAGAGUAGUUGUACAGUGAAAAUAAAGAAAAAUGCAAAACUAAAUCGGAAACAGAAAAAGUAGUGAAAGGAAGAAAAAAACAACAGUAGCUGAACAAACGGUAGCUGGCGAACUUUGUUUAGAUGCAUCACACAGACACAGACACUCACACAGACACACUUUAUGCCAAGCCAAUCGUCCGUUUUGGGCGCGGACAGGACGCUUUCGCGAAGCUUGCAGCGUACGCAACACA